AUGACGGAAGAAAUAGACGUGCAACGUCUUCGAGAUGAUUUCCUCGAGUUUCUUGCGGAACUAAUGGAGCAACUUGAGGAGCUGCAAUCGCUGCUGUUAACCGACAAUCUGGAAAUUGCCGAUCGCUUGUUGAACACUGCACAAAGAUGCUCUUCGGGGAUUUUGUUAUUUAUCAGCGUUUUUGAAUCCCGUAAUUGGGAUGUAUGUGUCGAUAUUCUUGCUUUGCUUCACAGAUUGCUGGAAAUUUAUGACAAUUUAGUUAUAAGGUACAGCAAGCGUUUGAGGUGGAUAGAGGAACGUGAACAAGAUAACAGCUUCCACUGCAGACAGGAGCGAACGGGUACGCCAGGUAGACCUCGUUUUGUUGUGUCAAAACCACAGAUUGAAGGUUUACAAGAGCUCGGCUUUUCAUGGUCUAAAAUAGCAGGAAUGAUUGGAAUAUCUAGAAUCACAUUAUACAGACGCCGAUUAGCAUUGGGGAUUGGAAAUGAAGUAGA